UUUGCCUGACCGGCUCCAUGUCCCCAAGCCGUCCUGGGACUUGGGCGCAGACCAGGGCCAGAAUAUUUUCCUUAUUUAUCAGGUCCCCUUUCCGGGUUGCAGGUGGGCCUUGCCACGUUUUCCCUCGCAGGUCCUGGGCGGACGGAGUGCCUGGAAGGAGAGGCCUGUGCCUCAGAAUUCUCUCGGCUCCCAGAGGACUGCUGUAUACGCAGCAGGCGCUCAAUAAUGGCAAGUACAUCGCCUCAACACAGCGACCUGACGGGACCUGGCGCAAGCAGCGGAGGGUGAAAGAAGGCUAUGUGCCCCAGGAGGAGGUCCCCGUAUAUGAGAACAAGUAUGUGAAAUUUUUCAAGAGUAAACCAGAACUGCCCCCAGGGUUGAGCCCCGAGGCCACUGCUCCUAUCACCCCAUCAAGGCCUGAAGGUGGUGAACCAGGCCUCUCCAAGGCAGCCAAACGCAACCUGAAGCGGAAGGAGAAGAGGCGGCAGCAGCAAGAGAAAGGGGAGGCAGAGGCCUUGAGCAGGACUCUGGAUAAAUUGUCUCUGGGAGAGACAGCUCAACUCCCUAGUGCUUCACAGGGCUCCCGCGCAGUCCCUACAGCUGCCUCUGACCAGCCUGACUCAGCUGCCAUCACUGAGAAGGCCAAGAAAAUAAAGAACCUAAAGAAGAAGCUUCGGCAGGUGGAAGAGUUGCAGCAACGGAUCCAGGCUGGGGAAAUCAGCCAGCCCAGCAAAGAGCAGCUGGAGAAGCUAGCAAGGAGGAGGGCAUUGGAGGAGGAGCUAGAAGACUUGGAGCUAGGCCUGUGAUGCUUUUGGGGAAUAGGGAAUGGACUGCAGAACAAACCAUGGGGCUCUCUGGGUCCUGGGGAAUACGGGCAGCAGUCAGGAGGGGUACCUCCCCAAACUGGCUUACCUCCACCUCUCGUGGCCCAAUUCUGCCCACCAGAGCCUAGCCUCUCCCUCAUUCCUUCUGUUUUCUUCCAAACUCCUAUUUUUUGGACUUUUCCCCCUCCUAUUCCCAGUGUUCAAAAAUCUCAGUGUUCCUUUGCUGCUGAUUUGGGUGUCUUGUUCAAAAGAAAAUUGGGUGGGUGGGAAUCUCGAAGAACUGAGGUUGAGGGCAAGGGGAAUACACUCAAGUCUUGGAGUCUUGGUUCCUUUUCACAGUGUUUAUGGGUUAUUUUCCCCUCCAUCCCUGACCUCUUUUUUUUAAAGAACAGAAUAAACAAGUAGACAAA